AUGAAAAUUUACAUUCAUGCAGUCAGAGUUGCCAUAAAAAAAUCGUUCUAGCAGUUUUCCAUGAAACUGGCCGCACUGUUGAAAUGUUUAUUUUUAUUGAUUCGAGCAGUCCGAAAAAGUAAAUAAACCGAAAUUCUUCGUUGUUUCGGGACGGAUUGCGGCAGCUGCUCUUGAAGAUUCUUUUUUUUUUCUCGCGUUCGACAAGGUGUUCAGUUCGAGGUUCAGCCGGAACUUUUUCACCUGGUAUGAGCUGGAUCCUGCACCCCGGGGGGUGGUGACACUUCGGUGUAACUGGUGUUUCCUAUGCUGCAAGGUCUCAUCUGCUGUGAAACCGGCGAAACCUGCCUGACGGCCUUCACCUCAAGUGACUCCGCCGGAAGGUCGCUACAUCUGUGAAAAAUUCGAAUCCGGCCGAAUGAUUCUGUACGACGAAAAUAGUCUGGGCCAAAUGUUCCGUGUUCAAGUUCUGACCCGCGCUCACGAUUCCCCCUCCAGCGGUCCCGGACGUAUUGUUCCGGCGGCAACACAAGCACGCACGACCUUGGCUGGAUCAACCGGAGGCGAAUCUACCUCUAUCACGAGGUCGACGCGGACAGCGUGACGGAUACAAAGCGGUCGGGCAUGAUGGAGCGGUACAACGAGGCUGCGCGUGGCACGGCAGGGUUUCAAGCAGCUGCAGGCAGAAAAAUCUUACGCCCAGGAAUCUGCCCCGGACGAUUUGAGCUUUAAACCGCCGAUGUACGUCAACAUCAAGUCCAGCGCGGCCAGAGACGAGGAGGAGGACUCGAUCUGUGAGGGCAAAUUGUUGGACAAGGACCCGUGCGGGUUACACUCGAACUGCAUCAACCGGGCGCUGCUCUUGGAGUGCAAUUUGAAGACUUGUCCAGCAGGCGAAAUUCACCAGAACCAGUGUUUCAAACGGAAGUAGUACAAACGGAUACCCAACAAGGGUUGGAACUGGUCGCUCAGGAAGAUGCAUCAGGGUCGGUUUGUGAUAGAGUCCGAGAGGGGAUCAACAACGGGGAGUUAACGCGGCGGAUAAAGCAAAAGCAGGAGCAACAGGGCAAAAAUUACUAUUUCAUGACGGUGGACUCGCCCAAGUAACCAUCCAGCACUAAAACAAAAACUUAAACAGCAAUACUUCAGCACUCUAAUGCAUGUUAGUCGUGCGCCGGCACGUCUUAAUGCAGAUCAGCACUAAGAUUGUAGCACUCAGUAUUGCUGAAUAAGUGCCGCUUAAGUGCUGGUGCUGGCAACUAUGCUCAUCGGUUUUCUAAAAAACUGGCAACUAGGCCUUCUCACGUAGAGAGAAGGAGUGAGACAGCAUGUCUUCUUGCAGAAA